AUGAAGUUCCCAGAGAAGGUGCCGGAGCUCUUGGUCAAGGCGCAAAGCACGGAAGGCAAGGGGGGAACCAACAGGAGACCGCCGCGGAAUGGGAGAAAGGCGCAGACAACGACCCAGUGGACCGUGAAGGGGGAGAUGAACAGUGGCCGUGGGGUCCUGAGGGCAGGCCGUCGGACAGAGCCAACGACCCACAGCGGCCCAGCGAACCCAUGGGGGAGCCACCAGACCGACGACGACCAAGGGAACCCGCGGGGGAGCCCAAACGCCGCCGCCUUCUCGGAGAACGACCCAGCGAACCUGUGGAAAGGCCUCCAAGAAGGAGGGGACAGCCAGCAGAACGCCUUCACGAAGACCGACCUCGCGAAACGGGGGAUUGAGGAUCACUCAUUAAGCGAGACAAUUGACUUCGCAGCUUGCAUGGAGGAGGGGAUGGGGUCGGACAGGCGAUUGCAAAGUGAUGGUGGAGCACUCAUGCUAUGGGGGUUAACAUGGCUCUGGCUGGUGAUGCUGUCUGGCAAGUUCCGCAAGGAAGAUGAUCAAAUUUGCGCAGGACUGGGCACAUCCGAACGAGACUCAGACGCGUCUCAGUGCCUUAGCACGAGAGACUUCACUCAAGAGGACAAGCUGGAGGGCCAUCAUCGGCAGUCUCGCGGUGACCCUGAGCACGCCCUGCACUCGGUCUUCAACGUUGCAAAAGCAGAAUUACACGAUGGGUGGACGCUGAUGCUCUCCUGCCUUCGUAUUUGCUGCCGGCAGUCACCCGUCUGUGGAGUCAUUGCGGCUUCUGGGCAGCGGGAUGCAGGGAUUGACGUUGAGGGCUCAGGAGAGCAGGGAAAAGGCCUCUUGGCAGCAUCACUGGAGUUUUUGACUUGGGCGGACCAGCAAACCAACUGGCGAUUGUCCUUUUCGCAUCCAGUCGAUAUAACAGCAUUUGUCAUCCGCACUACCGUUGCCGUUGGUGUUGUUCUUCUUGCUGUUCUGGUGCCUGAGAGUACUGAGAUGGUUACUGCUGCCGCUACCGCCACCAUUGCAUGCAACUCAAAGUUCAUGAAAGGUCUUUUUCACCUUCCCACUCAUGGGCGCGGCCCUUGGCUUUGUGGUCUCAGAGUCCCGGGUGGCCGGGGAAGUGGUACCUUCUUGUGGGUAGACUGGUGCCUUAGCGCUAAGAAGGGAGAGCAAGACGUAAAUGUGGAAGUUUGGGUCGCUGUGUCAGAUCUGUCGACAGCUGUUCCCGAGAUGGAUUGUUUCGAAACGGGUGUGAAGGUCGUUCUGGACAAGAUGAUCGUCCCGGCCCUACUGAGCUCCUGCGACAUCUUGAAAAAUGUCCUUCAGAACAUUCUACAGCAGACGCUGCGAAUGCAGGACCAGCUGCUAGCAGAGGCAGACGUGUUUCGGUUCAUAGCCACGUUCAUGGCACAAGCCUUCUGUGCAGAGUUUGAGCUGUUCAGUAUGGAUGCUUGCUUCUCGGUUCUGCGAGUCUGCAACCCCAGCCAGGGAAGCGUAGCACGGCCAGGCGAGCAUCCGAAACGAGCGCUGCCCGCAGAGCGGUCAGCGGUCAUUGUACAGUGGACGAGCGCGACGACGGAGAGGUGGGAGCGCCGCCGGACGCACCGCUGCCACCAACGCAGCGACCUGCCACAGAGCCUCGGGCAGAUCGGGCGGAGCCUCGAGGACGCAGAGAUGCCUGUCAUCCUGACGCCCCUGGCUCCACCACCCUCGCACCCUCCCAAGCUUUCCGGUGCGGCAGAGCCGAGUGCCGAAGUGCAAUGCGAGGAAGCUCAAGACAAGGAGAGCGUGUUCAAUUGUACUUCCUGCUGGGAGGUUGGAGGGAUGCUGGAAGCCGGUGGUCAGGAGGAGCCCAGAAGGCCGCCUCCGCCCGACAUGCCUCCACCGCCUUGCCCCGCAGGGCAAGAGAUCUUGCGCUGGCUUCAGCAGCCCCCUAAAGGGGAGACUGCCAUGCCAGUCGUCGCUGAUAUGGGCUGCUUCUCCGGAGGUACCGGAGGCACCCCUGGUUGGGAUGGAGAGAUCAUCCAAAGCUGCGAUCAGGAGGAUGGGGACUAUGACGGCCUGGAUGAUGCUCAUGUUGAUGACACUCAUUGGUGGGUGCUGAAGCUGCUGCUGUUGCAUCUGAACUUGCAGGGCCCAGCUCCUUCGAACUCCUGGAAGAUGCUUUCAGCAAAGUCGACGCUGCCAGGGUUGGACGCCUCACUUCAGAGAGAGCGCGAGGAGUUGGCGAUCCGCCACCAUGAGAUCCUCCAGGAGCUGCAUCAGCUCGUGCAGAGGAAUGAGUUGUUGAAGAGUGAGGCGACCAACCGAUGGACUCCGGAUGUGACAGACAAGCUGCCAGCGGACAGCGUGGAUGCAGUGAAAUUGACUGAGAUGGAUCUGGCACAGGUCCAGAGGACGAAGUCGGACGAGCCUUCUUCCGUUGGCCGCAAGAUGGCAGAGUUUCACGUGAUACGCGUGCAGGGCCAGACGAAGGUCCUGCGCGAUCCGGUGUCCGUAGAAGAUACCGAUGUGAAGAGACGGGAGCACGCGAGCCGCUUCGAGCGGAUGGGUUCGGCGAGCUCUGGUGUACUCAAGGCGGAGGCGCCCAAAGGAAUCUUUAAGUUCGUCUUUGAUCCGAUGUUUGAGACGGUCAUCUGUGUUCUCAUCGUGAUCAACUCCAUUGUGAUGUCGUUCGAAGCGCAACACGCGGGCCUCACGCUGGGCUAUGACUUAGGCAUACGAACCUACAACGCUCCUGGGACCGAGCUGUGGCCGGGUGCAGCUGAAGUGUUCGUGGCUUCUGAGUGGUUUUUUGGACCGAUAUUCGCCGCGGAGCUGAUCUUGAAAAUCAUCGGCAUGAAGUGCGAGUUCCUGCGGGACUUCUGGAACUAUUUCGACACCAUCAUGGUUGUUGCAUGGUUCGUCGACACCGUCUUCGCAGGACUUCUUCCUGUGGAUCCUAUGCUUUUGCGCCUUGCGCGCUUGGCCCGCCUCCUCCGCCUCAUGCGCUUGGUGAGGAAGCUGAAGGGGUUCGACGCUCUCUACAUACUUACCACCGCUCUCCGUGGUAGCGUGACAGUUCUCCUAUGGUCUUUCCUGAUGCUCUUCUUAUUGCAGCUGAUGUUUGCGCUCUUCCUGCAGAGGGUCGUCUCGGACUCAAUCGAGUCGAACAUCGCGAGCCAAGUCAUGGUUGCUGAGAGCAACGAGCUCUUCCUCUACUUUGGAACUUGCUCCAGGUGUUUGCUGACCAUGUUCGAGAUCACUCUUGGGAAUUGGCCUCCAGUGGCACGGCUUCUGCAGGACCAUGUGUCUGAAGCUUUCACCGCUUUCUCCAUUAUUCACAAGAUCACCAUCGGAUAUGCUCUGAUUGCGGUGAUCAACGGCGUAUUCCUCAAGGAAACCUUCCAGGCAGCAGACAAUGAUGACAAGAUCAUGAUGCGAAACACGGAGAAGAAGCGACACCAGCACAUCAAGAAGAUGAAGUCGCUGUUUGAGGCAGCAGAUGAGACAGGCGAUGGCGUCUUGGAUCGUGAGGAGUUCAUCCAAGUGAUGACCGAUCCGGAGAUCGUCAACUGGCUUGCGGCAAUGGACCUCCACAUCUCGGAUCCUAACAUGGUGUUCGACAUGGUGCAAGAAGAUGGAGGCAUCACAGCUGAGCAGCUUGUGAAAGGCGUCAGUCGGCUCAAAGGCUCUGCGAGGAGCACGGACCUGCAUUUGCUGACGCUCGAUGUGAAGAAGCUCUUUUUCCUGGUCCAGGAUUUGUGUCUUGGCCCGUGCUGCAUGAUGACGCCAUUUGAACUCUUUGGUUUGUGGUUGCUUGUCACUAGUCCACCAUGA